GGAGCACCUCCCUCCGCCGGAGCUCGCGUUAGGGGGCUUCGGUUAGCGUGGGCCGCCAAGGAGCGCUGCGUUUCGGCUGUGUAAUCCUGCCCGCGUCCCGGCCCGACGCCAUGGGAGUGACUUGUGUGUCCCAGAUGCCUGUGGCUGAGGGCAAGAGUGUCCAGCAGACCGUGGAGCUCCUCACCCGGAAAUUGGAGAUGCUUGGGGCAGAGAAGCAAGGAACGUUUUGUGUAGACUGUGAGACCUACCACACAGCUUCCUCUACCCUUGGCAGUCAAGGUCAGGCCGGGAAGCUGAUGUAUGUGAUGCACAACUCAGAGUAUCCUUUGAGCUGCUUCGCCCUCUUUGAGAAUGGCCCAUGCCUUAUUGCCGACACCAACUUUGAUGUGCUCAUGGUGAAGCUCAAGGGCUUUUUCCAGAGUGCCAAGGCCAGCAAGAUUGAGACCCGGGGCACCCGUUACCAGUACUGUGACUUCCUAGUCAAGGUGGGCACGGUCACAAUGGGACCCAGUGCCCGAGGCAUCUCUGUGGAGGUGGAAUAUGGCCCCUGUGUGGUACCUAGCGACUGCUGGAGCCUGUUGCUUGAGUUCCUACAGAGUUUUCUAGGCAGCCACACACCAGGGGCUCCCGCAGUAUUUGGGAACAGACACGAUGCGGUCUACGGCCCAGCAGAUACCGUGGUCCAGUACAUGGAACUCUUCAACAAGAUCCGCAAGCAGCAGCAGGUGCCGGUGGCUGGGAUUCGUUAGUGACUGGCCUCUGUCUGGCUGUGUUCUGUCACCAGGGGGACUCCACAGGAGGAGCAGGUGCUGCACCCUCAGGCCCCUGGACCCCAGAAACCCAGGGCAGACAGGGAGGCUUCUCUCACUCUCCAGUUCCUGGCUGUGGCUUUUGCUCUGGGGCUCUGGACUCCCCUUCCCUGACCCUCACACAGUCCUCCAACAGCUGUUUUACCCCAUGCCUUAUUGAAGGUGGCCUGUCCUCAAGAAUGGUAAUUAUGACGAGUGCUGAAGAUUGGAGCUUUCCUGCUUUAGGGGAAAAGGUAGGACAGGGGUGUCUCUGCCUAGUGUCACUGGGGAAGGCAGUCUGUACUUCCAACUGUGGAGGAUUGGCUAGGCCUACCACAGAAAGGCUGCGUUUUAUGUCCGGCUGUGCUGUAAUAUAGGCUGGCCUCUCCUAGGAAGGAGUAGGAGGCACAGCUUCUUUGAUGGUUGCCAUUUUUUUGACCUGUUUGCUGCAGUGGGUUGUGAAUUGACUUUUCUAGGGUGUUGCCCGAGUCCUUUGAAGUCUCCCUUGACAUCUUUCCAUUUUGUUGUGAAUUAUAUUAGACCAUAGGCUAAGCUGCUAUAACAAAGAGAAUCUAAAGUACAGUGGCUCUUAGUAGAAGUUUAUCCUUCUGUCUCCUAAUAGUACAGAGGUAAUCUGUAUCGUUUGUAGUAAGUACAGAUGGUCCAGGACAGCCUUCACUCUACAAGGUCAUCAGGAACUCGGGCUGUCUUGUUGUUCAGCCAUCCCUAGGGUGUUGUCCUCGCCCGCAAGGUCAAAGCAGACUCAUCAGUUCCAUGUCCACAUUCCACUGGGGCAAGAGAGAGAGAAAAAGCAGUUUCUUUUUUAAAGAAUAUGAUGUGGAGUUGCUCAAAUCGCUAUGGCCAUGCUUUGCCGAAAGGGACGCUGGGACAUAGAGCCUUUUAUUUGGGUGGUCAUGUUCCAAGUUAAAACUCGGGGUUCUGUGACUAAAAGAUGAAGGAGAAAAUGGAUAUGGGGGCCAAGUUAGUGGCCGCUCCUACGUGGAGGUCAGUGGACAUGCCCAGAAAUGCCCUUGGCUGUGGUUUUGCCCAGAGUACCCCCUCUACCUAAGCCAUUUGUUUAUGAAUUGGAUUGAGAUGGGGCUGAUGCCAGAGCCACUUUCAGUUCCGUUGGAUUAGUCACACUAGGAAGUCAGCUCUGCACCCCUUGCCUGAGUCACAGGAUCAAGGCCCCUCCAGUUCUCAUGCACCCAGAGCUUAGGGUUAGAGCAGUUGACCUGAUACUUAUACUGUGCUUCGUGGUUUCCUGAGCUCUUGCUCCUCAUCUCAUUUGAGCCUCCAAGUGUUCAUUUGACCUGCAUUGCCUGCCUACCCCACUCCUGCUGUGGAAAUGUCCAGUCAGGCUAACAUUGAGAUAUUCAGGCAGAGAUGGUCUUAGGAAACGUGUUAAUGUACGUAUUACAUUACGUACAUUAGGAUAAUGUCACUCAUCGAAGCCAUCUAGAGAGAAAUUGUUUUCAGAUCUAAAGCCUCUGCAAGAAUCAGGUAGUGGUCUUGUUUCCAUUCUAUCUUUGGCUGGCAGGAAACUCAGUUCAGCUUUAUAACUGCAGGACCUGUCCUCUGCAUUGGUUUUUUUGUUUGUUUCUUUGUUUUGUUUUUGCUUUUUUAAAAUUGAGGUCUGUUUUAGAUAUCAUUUACACACAAUAAAAUGCACAGGUUUUA